AUGACAAUGUGGUAUUCGCUGGGUAUUGCUUUCUUUGCUGCUAUAGGCACGUUCUUGUUUGGAUUCGAUACUGGCAUUGCCACAACUACCAUUGCCCACCAAAGCUGGAUUGAUUAUAUGAAGCAUCCAUCAAAUGGCGUCACAGGAGCUGUUGUGGCCGUAUAUAUCGCCGGCGAGGCCGUCGGCGCCCUAACACAAACAUUCAUUGGUGACCGACUCGGCCGCAUUCGCUUCAUGCAAAUGAUGUGCGUGGUUGUGACAAUCGGCACCGUUAUCCAAACCGCCUCCGUCAACAUCGGCAUGUUCCUCGCCGGCCGCGUGCUAGCCGGGUUCGCAGUAGGUGGCAUGGUUGCAACAGUCCCAAUCUACCUGAGCGAAAUCUCAGACCCGAAAUACCGCGGUCUGAUCGGCGGAAUUUCUGGCUGUGGUAUUUCAUUCGGUACUAUGAUGUCGAACUGGGUUGGUUAUGCUUGCAGUUACGCUCCCUACGGCCCCAUGCAAUGGCGUCUCCCUUUGGGUAUUCAGAUUCCCUGGGGAGUUAUCAUGUUCAUUGGUCUUUCAACAUUCAUGCCCAACUCGCCGCGACAGCUGAUUCGUAGUGGGAAGGUUGAGCUGGCGCGUAGCGAGUUUGCUCGCAUCCGACGUGGCCUUGUGCUUCAUGAGAUGGAGGAGGAGUUUGGGCUUAUGAAGGCGCAGAUUGAGUAUGAGAUGGAGAGGGAGAUGACUUCCUACCGGGAGAUCUUUAAAUUGUUUAGACAUCGGGUGCUUGUGUCUAUUGCUGUGCAGACGAUGACGAGUUUGACAGGUGUCAAUGUAAUUCAGUAUUAUCAGACUAUUCUAUACAAGGGGCUUGGAAUCGGAUCACACUCGAUUCUCGCUUUGGCUGCAGUCUACGGUACCGUUGCAUUUUUGUCCAAUUCGCUCACUACAAUGUACAUGACCGAUCAGUGGGGACGUCGGAAGAUGCUGCUCGCCGGAUUGGCUGGUAUUGUGCUGAUCGAAAUCUAUGCCGCGGUAAUGCAAAGGCAAUUCCAAAAUACAGACAACCGCAUCGGAAAGGGCUUCGCAAUUCUUGGAAUCUAUCUCUUUGUGGUUUGCUAUUAUGGCAUGCUCAACAGUACUACAUGGCUGUAUGGCGCUGAGGUUCUUCCUAUUGCUCUCCGUAGCAAGGUGAUGGGUCUUGCCGCCGCAUCUCACUUCAUCGUUAAUGUUGGCAUUACCGAGGCUGGACCCAGUGCUUUUGCCAACAUUCAUGAAAACUACUACUACGUAUUUGUAGCAUGCUCUGCCUUCUUCUUAAUGAUCGCUUACUUUUACUUCCCGGAAACCAAACAGAAGACCCUCGAGGAAGUGGCUGCCGCGUUCGGUGACCAGGUUGUGGAUCAGGACACGGGACCUAAGCGUGUUAGUGUUGGUGAAACGCACCACAUUGAAGAGUCUGGAACGGCAAAGGCAGUUUAA